UCUGCCACGGUUGGAAAUGUGCACUUCGGACCGUCCAGGCUUCAGUUUGACGGGUGGUCGACGGGCAAAGGUAGACCGAGGCACAAUCCAUUCUCAGGGCAUGGCAACAAAGAAGUGGGCAGGGGUACGGUAAGUACGGAGGGGCAAUCAGCUGAUGUCAGUGCCAAAACCACAGCACCUCUAGCGGUACCAAUCCCGCCUGGUCUCGGCUUUUCUCAGCUUUCCCCAGAGGCCACACAGCCCCUCCCGAUCCCCCGCGAGAUCCCGCCCCCGUCGCAUUUCUCAAACAAACCACCCAAAUUCAUCCCGGUUUCCAAAUUCCCAUUUCUCAGAGUUCAUUCUCUCCAACUCUACCUUACCUUAUCCUACAUCUUCCCCUCCCACCCUCCUCUCGGCCCGUUAUCAGAGUUCCAUCCCACAGGACCUGAACCUCACCAUCCAAUUGGGCUCUGGAAGCUUGCUUUCCCCUUCAGUUCGUCUGUAGGCCUCCAAAAUGCUCCCCUGGAGAACCAUCGCACCCCGAGCCGCGAGGCGUUCCGCUUCUGCAUUCGGAGCACCGGCACCACCCCGCCUCAUCACAUAUGGCGGCACCUUCGGCUCCGCGAGUAGACACCUCUCCGCAACCGCCGCCGCCCGCCAUCUCGACGCAAAAGUCGUCACCGACGGCGUGCAAUUCGACGGGCUGACGGGCGUGCCUACCCGUAGAUCAACGCUCCCCCAUUUCUGGCUAAGAGACAACUGUCGAUGCAGUAAAUGCGUGAACCAAGACACCACGCAACGAAACUUUGACACAUACGCCAUUAGCCAAGACAUCCGACCUUCCGAGAUCAAGUCCGAAGAAAAGGGUAUCAAGGUGACAUGGGAGCAAGACGGCCACGAGAGCUUCUACCCAUGGCAUUUUAUCAAACACUACCUGCAAAAUGACCACCGCAGUCCGGAACAAGUCAACUACAACUUCUGGGGCUCCGACGUGGGCGAAAGGCGCCCCGUCGUCGAGUACGACCACCUCAUGUCCGACAAGGACGACUCGGGCGUCGCAAAGCUGACAAACCUCAUUCGCGAAUACGGCUUCGCCUUCGUCGACGGAACCCCCUACGACACCCCGGCCCCGACGCAGCGCGUGCUCGAGAGAAUCGCCUUCAUCCGCGAGACGCACUACGGCGGCUUCUACGACUUCGUCCCGGACCUCGCCAUGGCCGACACGGCCUACACCAACAUCGCCCUCCCGGCGCACACGGACACGACCUACUUCACCGACCCGGCCGGCCUGCAAGCCUUCCACAUGCUCUCUCACGAGGCUCCGCCGGGACAGCAGUUACCCCAAGACGGCAAGCUCGGAGGCGAAUCGCUGCUCGUGGACGCCUUUUACGCGGCGCAGAUCCUGCACAAGGAAGACCCAGCCGCGUACGAGAUCCUCUCCAAGGUGCGCCUGCCCUGGCACGCGAGCGGCAACGAGGGCAUCACCAUCUCCCCCGACAAGCGGUACCCCGUGCUCGAGGUCGACCCGCAGACGCGGAUACUGCAGCGGGUGCGGUGGAACAAUGACGACCGCGGUGUGGUGCCGUUUACCGACGACGUUUCGCCGACCGAGUGGUACGCGGCGGCGCGCAAGUGGGAUGCCAUUCUCCGGAGAUCCGACGUUGAGUUUUGGUGGCAACUGAAGCCCGGCCAGGUUUUGAUCUUUGACAACUGGCGUGUGAUGCACGGUAGGAGUGCGUUUGAGGGCAGAAGACGCAUCGCCGGUGCCUAUAUCAACCGUGACGACUUUGUCUCCCGCUGGAGAAACACAAACUUCCCCCACGAACAGGUCCUGAACCAGGUUGUUGGCUAGACGGGGCACGAAGGGCCACGGAACGCAUGACAGGGUGUCAAAGGUUUUGGGCAGAGUUGCAUUGGCA